GCUUGGCAAGUCACAAGAUGGCGGCAGCUGGGUGAAAGUACGAGCGCUGGGUUCCGCUCGUCUCUGCCCUCCUCUACGGCUCUACUCAACACGACACACCGUGUAGUGGUGGCGAUUCACACACCAUGGCAUCCAGGCUGAAGGAAAAUCCUGACAGGACGUUUGAGUGUUUUGUGGAAGUGUCUGCUCCAAGUGAGAGGAACAAAGAUCCAGAGAUAGCAUGGAAAUAUCCAAAGGACUUCCAGGGAGUGGAUGGAGUUUUGAAGAUGAUGCCCAAGUUUUGCUUCCCCCUUGACAUUGCCGGCACUACCCCAGUCAGUGGCCAACACUUCACAUUCGUGCUGACCGACAUCGACAGUAAGCAGCGCUUCGGGUUCUGUCGACACUCCCCUGGCACACGGUCGUGCCUAUGCAUUCUCAGCUACCUGCCAUGGUUUGAGAUCUAUUACAAGCUGCUGAACACUUUAGGGGAGCUGCUACUAAGAAAACAGGGGGUGACUACAUUUACGGUUAGACACUUACUGGAACAAGACAUCUCCUCGAUCCUUGAGGCAGUGUACACACACAGGGUUCCUGAUCCAGACACAUUAGUCAACAUUCACCCCAAACAGCCUGGCCUGGACUUCUCCUUUACAUGUCCUGACUCAAGUCGUCUUCCUUCCAUACCAGAAAAUAGAAAUCUGACAGAGUACUAUGUAGCGGUGGAACCUAUCAAUAUGCUUCACAUCUUUUCAAGUAUGUUGUAUGAGAGAAGAAUACUCAUCACAUCUAGCAAGCUAAGCACAUUGACUGCAAUUGUCCAUGGCGCAACAUCAUUACUCUACCCCCUCUACUGGCAACAUGUGUACAUCCCAGUCAUACCACCACACCUGCUGGACUAUUGCUGUGCUCCCAUGCCAUUCCUGAUUGGUGUUCACACUUCCCUAAUGGAGAAAGUGCAGAGUAUGCCAGGUGUGGAGGACAUUGUUGUGUUUAAUGCUGACAGCAACACUUUGGACACUCCCUUUGAUGACCUACAAACACUGCCUCAUGAUGUGAUGUCAUCUCUCAAGAGUAAACUAAAGAAGACAGGUACUAUGCAGGGUGAGGGAGUGGCAAAGGCUUACCUCAGAGCCAUGGUCCAUCUCAUAGGGGGCUACAGGGACGCUCUCAGAUUCAAACCUGGAGAAGAAAUUACCUUUAGUGAAGAGGCAUUCAUCUCAUCCAGAUCUAACAGUUCCAAAGAGUUCCUGACCAAUGUCAUACAAGGGCAACUCUUCAAACAGUUCAUAGAUGGUAGGCUGGACCUACUGAACUCUGGGCAGGGAUUUAGUGACGUGUUUGAAGAGGAGAUCAACCUUGUAGACUACAGUAAAGGCAGCAUCAAAACAUACACAGCAUGGCUGAACAGUGUCAAGAAAGAAGGAGGUAACAUCUUAAAAGGGGUUAGGAAAAAGGCAAAACCUGCAGUCAAAAGCAUGGUUAGCACUGGAAAGGAUGUGGCCAAACUUGCAAAGGAACAAGCCAGGAGUGUGAAGAGUAGAUUCAAGCAGUCAAAGGAAAGUGAGGACAUAUUUGAUGCCCGUAAGCACCGUGGGUCCCAGCCUGGGCUCAUCAUCCCCAACCGUGCGGACGGACGGAGAAGCGCGCCCGACUCACCCGAGGAUGAGAGGAGAAGACCCAUCUCACAUCCCGUCAGGCCAAGAGAAGGACCCCCCAAACCUACACCAUAUCACCUUCGUCAAUCCAUGGCCGUCAAGCCGACACAAGAGCUGGUCAGGCCACGAACAACGUUAUCAACAAGGGAGAGGGACAGCGGUGUAGAGCAAUUAGAUCCAGACGGUACAUUGGACGGAGACUUGGACGACAACGGUCAAUUAACCCGUCAUUAUGACCUGCUGGACUUGGACGAUGCCUCCACAGACAGGACCAGUAUGUCCAGUAGCCCUGGCUUCCAGGCUCUGAACCUUGACUUCAUGAGAGUUUCGCCGCCCUGCCGUCCCCCCCCAAGCCUGCCAGCAUGCACAAGUCUGUGUCGGUGCCGUCAGGGAUGAGCACCCAGCAGCUGAGGAAGUCCACAGACAUGCUGGUCACAGAAAUGUGGCAGGAGUCCAACAACCUUGGAAUCGCCCAGUCGGACACCAGCAGUGACUCCUCGGUUAAGUCUACUGUCUCUGUUCCAGAGGGAGGGGUGCGGGCAAGGCCCCCUAGACCGCCUCCUCCUGCUGUGAUGCAGCAGCAGAAACCAUCCGAUGUGGCAAAUUCCAAGAAUCAAUCCCUGAUAAACUUUGACCCAUAUUCAGAUGCAAAUGCCUCCAACCAAGGCGUAACCUUUACAGUGGGUGCACAGCGGCCACAAGCUGAUCCAGAGAAAAGUGCAACAAACACUUUGUUGAAGGAGUACGGACUAGACACCUACUAUACACAAAGCUUUGUACACCAGACUGCAACACUGCCACCCAGUGGUUAUCAUAGCACAGCAUCAGCCAGCAGUAGUUUUCCCCUACCACAGGGGUCUUGUCAGGCCGAAGCGAGCAGCUCUGUAGGUAGUCAGGCCUCGUCAUGGAACCAUGUUCCCACAUGGACUACAGGUCAGACACAGGGUCAGGUUCUGAACCCUGUCAAGGUCCUGGACCCCAUCAGGCCAGGAGAGAAACAGGACCCCUUUGCUGACUUGGUGUCAUCCACACGUGCGGAUGUUGCAAAGAAAAGUGCCGGGUCCCAGGUUCAGCAGGUCAAAAAGAUGUGGGAAACGUUUGAAUAGCUUUUGUUCCCAUUAUGCACCUGCUCUAUAAUAAUAAUACAAAAAUGCCUCCCAGGCAUAGACACUGUAUUCACAUUCUAGAUUGUACCUCCAUUUGGCCUUGUUGAUGUCUAUCAGACUCAGAAGCCUUAGGUAAAACCAGUAUGGUAGACAUGCUGUAUGAUAUACAUGUUGAUAAGUAAGAGUCAAAUAUGUCAAAGCUUCCACUUAAAUCAGUUUUCUUGCUUCGUAAAGCUGAAGGAGAAACUAGGCUGCAAUAUUUGUCUCGAAUCACUUUGUACUUUCUGUUUAUGUACAUGUAUCAUUUCUGUAAAGUUGGUCUAUGUCAAUAGUUAUAUAUUGAUGAAUUUGCAUUUAGGUAAUUGUAUUAUUCAGUGAUCUAUUGCUGUAUCCAUUGUAUCAAAUCUGUAAAAGGCUUUCAAUAUGUAUUUUAGCAAAGCUAUAGUGUAGCACAACACAUAAUCCCAGUCAAGCCAAAACUACCACAAAACUCUCACCAAACUUACUCAUUUUACAGCAUUGUCUGCUUUUUAUAAUCAGUAACAUUUUAAACUCUCAAGUCUCUCUACCCUGUUGACAUUUUUGCAAGUCUGUCAAUGACAUAUUGAAGAUAAAUUUUAAUUCAAUGAUUGAACACCUGCAAGUAUGAUGUGUCUGUCACAAUGUGUAAUAUGAACUGAAGUGUUCUGGGGCACAUCUAGUGUAUGGUCUGAUUUUAACAAUAUGCAAACAUUCACUGUUGACUGUACAGUACAUGUACUUGUAUCUUUUAUCAAUUUCAGUGCUUGUCACUGCCAUCUUGCAGUGUAGCAGAUUUACAUCACAUGUAUGUCAAGUGUUCUUGGCUUAUAAUGGAAAGGAUUUAAACUGGGUGUACAGAAUGACUAAGUACAUGUACAUAUUACUUCCACCCAUUGAUGCAGAAGCAGUAGAUUGAAAAGAGUUUUACGUGGGAUCAUACUGUAGGAGAAAGUAGAAAUGAAAAUGCAGCUUCUGAUGACAAAAACACUUUGCUACUAUUAGCUAAACAGGAAUUAGAUGCUGCUCUACCAACAAAGUGUAAUGUUCAGGAAAAAGUGUUUUCUGUUUGGUUUGGAAUGUGUUGGGGAAAUGCAUAAAUUUUUGUCCUGAUUGGAAUUGGCUAAGGGGUAAAGUGAUCAAGCAAUGUGUCUGGAGUAUGUGUUAAACAAUGACAAUGCCAUAGACAGUUCCACAUUUCAGAAUUGACAUGUAUGGCUAAAGUACAUUCAUAACCAGACCAGUCGGGAAAAGUGCUGAUACCCUCGAUCUUUGGUGUGAAG